AUGGCCGCCCCGACGCACUCCCUCGCCUACGCAGGCUGCAACUUCUUACGCCAGCGACUGGUCCUGGCCACGCUGAGCGGGCGCCCAGUCAAGAUCCGCAGGAUUCGGGCCAGGGACGACAGCCCGGGCCUCCGAGAUUUUGAAGCCAGCUUCAUAAGGCUGAUGGACAAAAUAACCAAUGGUUCUCGAAUUGAGAUAAACCAAACAGGCACCACCCUGUACUACCAGCCGGGCCUCCUGUACGGCGGCUCUGUGGAACACGACUGCAGCGUCCUCCGCGCCAUCGGCUACUACCUGGAGGCCCUUCUCUGCCUGGCCCCAUUCAUGAAGCACCCUCUGAAGGCAGUUCUGCGUGGCGUGACCAACGACCAGGUCGACCCUUCCGUCGAUGUUCUUAAGGCUACAGCCCUCCCUCUGUUGAAACAGUUUGGGAUCGAUGGUGAAUCCUUUGAGCUGAAGAUUGUGCGUCGGGGAAUGCCCCCGGGAGGUGGCGGUGAAGUUGUUUUCUCCUGUCCGAUCAAGAAGGCCCUGAAGCCCAUUCAGCUCACGGACCCUGGAAAAAUCAAGCGCAUCCGUGGAAUGGCCUACUCAGUGCGAGUGUCCCCGCAGAUGGCCAACCGGAUCGUGGAUUCCGCAAGGAGCAUCCUCAACAAGUUCAUCCCUGACAUCUACAUUUACACGGACCACAUGAAAGGGGUGAACUCUGGGAAGUCUCCAGGCUUUGGACUGUCUCUGAUCGCAGAGACCACAAACGGCACCUUUCUCAGUGCUGAGCUGGCCUCCAAUCCUCAGGGUCAGGGUGUGACCGUGCUGCCCGAGGACCUGGGCCGGAACUGUGCCAAGCUGUUGCUGGAGGAGAUCCACAGGGGCGGCUGUGUGGACUCGACCAACCAGAGCCUGGCCCUGCUGCUGAUGACCCUGGGGCAGCAGGACGUGUCCAAAGUUCUCCUGGGACCGCUCUCCCCCUACACGAUAGAAUUUUUGCGACAUCUGAAGAGCUUUUUCCAGAUUAUGUUUAAAAUUGAAACCAAACCGUGUGGGGACGAGCUUAAGGGUGGGGAUAAAGUGCUGAUGACCUGUGUGGGUAUUGGCUUCUCCAACCUUAGCAAGACCCUCAAGUGA